AGCGGAACAGCAGAGCUACGAGUUAGCACCUAUGAGAGAGAAUAACUUUCGAAAAUGCCGUCUGAAUUUUAAUCAGUUGACUGGAAAACUCCUAGCUACUGGGAAUAAUUAAGGAUACACAAGAAGAUAUGGAGGAGGGUGUGGAUGUCAAGGCCUUGAGGGCUAGGUUUCACGACCAGGCUAGCAUGGCUGCUGUCGGUGGCGGUGGCGGUCCCCCGAGGAGCUUGCUGCCAGGAGUUGGGAGAGCAGGAUCACCGAUGGCGUUCAACUUGCCCGUGAACGGAGCCGUCAGACCCAAGAUGUCGCCCGUCAGUCCCAAACCACUGCCGGGAGUUCGCCUGCCUUCAGACCUGAGGUUCCCAGGGCCCCCAUUGGCCGAUCCCAGGGGCCCGGCCUCUGUGAGGAACCAGCCUCCGCUGGGCGUCUUCCCGAGACCUCCGCCAUCUCACCGCGCCGGCUCCCAAGAGUUCAAAAUGGCCGCGCCGGUGGCAGAGAGGCCAGGGAAUGUCAAAGCAACGGGGGAGCUGUUGCAGAACAUGAUGCUGAAGCAGGUCCCUGUCCAGGACCGGCCCGCGCCCAAACAGCCCCUUCCCAGCACCCUGGGCCUGCGCAGCCAGCGCAGCAUGACGGAGGUCCCGCCCCUCAGGAGGACUCUGCCCCCGGAGGGACCCAGGCCCAUCAAACCCAAACGUCCGCCUGUCGUCAACCUGGAUGGUUUCAGGAAGGCUCCCCGCUUCUCCACGAUGCCCAGGCAUCCGACGCCAGGGAAGAUUCACGGCGGCAGCAGUCCGGCUCUCCCUGGGUCAGGUAGUCCGUCGGGUCCACCCAGGCUCCCGGCGAGACUCAGCGUCCGGACCCCACAACCCUCCGCUGUUAUUGAUGAUAAUGACGACCAGGACACUUAUGAUGACAUAGACGUGCUACCCCCUCCCCCUCCCCCUCCACCAAAGCAUCCUGGAAGUAGAGAUGACUCCUGGCCUGACCAUGGUUCCACACGAGGAAAUGAGGAAAGUGACGAAAGUGAAAUAUAUGAACCUAUUGAUGAACCUGAAGGGCCACCCAAUCCCAUCAAGAAGAAGGAUCUAAAGACACAGCUUGAGCUGAAAAAUAAAGAAGAGAAGUUGAAACAAAAGAAAGAGAUCGAAUACAGGAAGAGAUUUAAGCUGACUGACCCGGUGGAGGUCUUACAUAUAGCCCGGGUUCGACACGACUGGCAAGGGGGCAAGAAUGAUCUGUCCGUGCAACAGGGCGACAACGUGGAGAUCAUCCGGAUCAAAAACAACCCCGAGGGAAAAUGGCUUGCCCGCACACCGAACGGCACCUAUGGGUACAUCAGCAACACGUGCGUGGACCUGGACUACGAGGCGGUGAAGCGAAGCUUCCUUUGUAAAAAAGCAGAGGCCCCUCACCCCCCACCGCCACCUCCUGUCCCUGACGAUGACUUCUACGAUGAUGUGGGCUCCUCGCAACACAGCAUAGAAUUGGACAGUGAAGAAGUGUAUGAUGAUGUGCAGGUACCUGACGAGUUCCCCCCUCCACCUCCAGAGGCAAGCCUAGAUCCUAAAAAGGCCAAAAAACAGGAAAAGGAAGAGAAAGAAUUUCGAAAAAAGUUCAAGUUUGAAGGGCCUAUUAAUGUAAUCUGGAACAUGAUGGUUGACCCCAACGCCAGCAUCAAAAAGGGAGGUGGAAAGGAUCUAUCCUUAAAUCGCGGAGAGAUCCUGGAAGUCAUUCAGUUCACCAACGACAAGAAGGCAUUGUGCCGAAAUCUUCAGGGGAAAUAUGGAUAUGUUCCACGUUCUGUCCUUCUGCAAGCGGAAGGUGACAUUUAUGAUGAUGUUGAUAACCAAGUUGUUUAUGACAACGAUACCAGCACAAGCCCUGGUCCUGAAGACAGUCGUUAUUAGAAGGAUGGAUGCCGGCUUUUUGAAGUCUAACCUGAGAAAAUAUUUAUUUCUUCCAGAGAGGGAUCUCUUUCAAUAUCUAUUGGUUACAUCUGGUUUACAGAAAGCCCUCAAAAUAAACUUUUUAUUUUUUUAUUCUUUGUUUUCUAGCAUUUGUAAAUAAAUGGCUUUCAGUUUCAGAAACUAUUUGUUUUGUACAGUGCUUGUUGUAUUUUUGCACUUAAGAGUUAAAAUACGUAGGCAAAUAAAGGUUUUACUCUUUUAUUCA